ACUUGGGUUUCUGGCGAGCAGCCUUAUUUGUCACUGGUGCGCAACUGAAAACUGCCACACAGUGCAGUUAGGUUGUACAGUGCCAUAACGGAUAAAGCGACGUGUAUCUCUACACUUUAGCCCGCCCCAAUCAACGGUAUCAACUCGUGUGUGGAAAUAGGUCCGUGUUUGAGUUGAUGUAGCUAACACUAGGGAGUACCUUUCGGCGAAUAGGAUGAUGCUUGGAGUUGUUUACUUCUUUCGUCGAUUGUUUUUGGGGGGUCCUCGAAAAGAGAGUGGAAAGGCUAGAGGAAGCCACAUCUAAUUCGGCGACAUUGACGUUCGCUGAGACAAGCACUUCAAGUAAAGAGCAGAAUCCAGCAGCCCCAGCAUCGGACAACUAGCUAGCUAGAUAGUUCGUAGUUGUUAGCUAUCCACCUCUGUUAAACAACAAGGUGUCCUGGAGAGUAUUAUACCAAGAUUGCAGAUUGUUAGCGUGCCAAUUAGGACAGGAGUGCCACGGAGAUCCAUACGGAGACCCAUACGGGCCUAGUGGUGCAGCAUGUGAUGACCCACGCCCAGAACAAAGGUUCUCUUAGCCAGAGUCGUAGCACAGUGACGCAGGAGCACUGCCCCGAUAGGCCACAUGGUGAGACCAUGGGCGGGGCCUGGCCUGAGCGCACGCUGCGAUUCGGCAGGACCAUGAAGAAGGGCGGAACUAAGCGAGGAAGGGGCGGGGUUAAAGAGAUGAUGGACAGGAGGGAGAAGACUCCGGAGCGGAAUAGGAGGCGGAGCAGGAAAUCUUAUCCCUUACGAGGAAGGGGAGGUGCUCCGGAGGAGGAGGGACUUAGCUGUCACGUUUUGCUCACCCGACUGGAGAAGGACAUCCAGGAGCAGGAGGACACCAGUGAGAGGGGGAAUGAUUCGCCAACUCAACCGUCCGUCAAUCCCGAAUCGCGGAGCAAGAAACUGGACAAAGGAAAAGACAAAGCCAAGGGGAAAGUCCUGGCAAAGAAGAUGAUACCAAAAACUAAAUCAAAAAGCACCAGUGAUGAGCAGGGGUUGCCAUUUCCAGAGCCACGUAAGCGACGGCUAGCUUCUCUCAACGCUGAGGCUGUGAACAGUCUGCUGUUGGAGAGACCUAACGAGACCCAGCCGGCUUCUAAACAGGCCAGGAGACAGCAGGAUGAGCCUACCAGCGGUGAGUCGUUCCUGGGGACAGAUGCAGCCAGGCACGGGGUGACCGGCAGUCCUAAUGCUCCAAGAGCCAGCAGCAAGGCCUCCGCAUCGCACAAGCCUGACCCGUGCCAAAGCUCCAAGAAGACUAAGAAGGUCUCCAAGAAACCAGCCAAACCAGACAGAGGACAGAAGAAAGAGAUGAUGACUUUACAAAUGUUACACACCCCUGCUCCCCGACGGCUAGCUGGACUCAACGCUGCCGCGCUGCUAAAGUUAACGAGCACCUCGGCGACUAGCAAACAGCGAGUGAAAACGACAUCAACGACUACGACGAUGGACUGCAAGGCUACGAGCACCGCAUCAGUUGACGUGAAGCAGAAGCAACCGCAACGGCGACCGAAUCUUAAAACGUGCAGUCGCCAGCCUAAGCAGAAGGGAAGGCAGUUGAUUCCAGAAGAGGUAGGCUGUUCUGCCUGCAAGAAGUCCAACUUCAAGAAGCCCAAAGUGGAGUGGGAGUCUGGCGGUUGCACCCACCGGCUAACCAAACCAGGCUACCAGUCGCGCAGCAUGCUAGCCUACCCGUUGAAGCCCGUCGUCAAAGAGGAGCAGGUGGAGGCAGAGCUGAGCCCAUACUACUGCUGUCCCCCGGAGGGCUCUGUGGAGUACUGCCAUCGCCUGGCCUUGUUCCUGGGUCAGCAGGCCUACGCUGACUCUGAAGAACGACCUUUAAACUCUGCCCUAACCUCUGUGAAACGGGAGUGCCUAGUGACGUCACCCUCCCAUCCCCACUCCCAUGCAGCCCUGACCCUCAGCCCCCACCCCUGCCUCUGCACCGCUGACCCCGCCUGCUUCUCCAGCUACUACGUCCACAUCGCCCAUCCUACACACCCUGGAGCUCCAUCAGCCAACCUCAGCUCGCGACCUCUGAACUUUAGCUCCUCGACACUGUGUCCCGGCAGGGUGUCUGGCUCCAAGCUGCUGGGUCCUCCGGUGUCCCAUUCCUCGACGCUGGCCCAUCCUGCCUUCUGUGGCUCAGUGGGCACUCCCUGCUACAGCGAGGCCUGUCGGGUCAGCGGCUACACAUACAGAGCCAUGCAGCCGGUCAACAGCAGGGGUUGCUCUUUCUCCACAGGCUGCUCCGGGUGUACACACAGCAUCAAGACAGAGGGUUACUCCUCCCCCCAGGGUGACCACAACCCCUCCCUUCUGGUUUCUCCCUCACUCCCCCUCUCAGGCUGUCCCCUCCCUACCACCCCGUCCUCCACCCAGGCCAAGCCCCGUCUCCUCACCCCCCUGUCUGACCGCAGUGUGCCCCAGGCCAGGCUGAAGCUGGCCAGGGAGUGCCCUCAGGGCUCCAAGCCCCCUAAUGGCUCUCUGUCCAUGGGGAGAACCAGGCUGUCCCAGAAACAGCCAGCUCCGACACACAACCUAUCUCCCGCCAAGCAGAAGCGGGUCAGCCACCGACGGGCCACCAACGGGUGGCUGCCUGUAGGAGUGCCCACAGAGAAAGAAGUGUUCAUUGCGGGGGAGGACGAGACGGCCUUACGGCAGUGUUAUGAAGGAGUACAGAGAGACGGCGAAGUGAUACGUGUCCGAGACACAGUGCUGCUGCGCGCCGGUCCCCGGAAGAAGUCCCUGCCCUACGUCGCCAAGAUAUCAGCGCUAUGGGAGGACCCCAAAUCUGGAGAGCUGAUGAUGAGCCUGUUCUGGUACUAUCGACCUGAACACACACAGGGAGUCCGAGACCCCAGCAUGCACUGUGAGAAUGAGAUUUUUGCAUCUCGGCAUCAAGACGAGAACAGUGUGGCCUGCAUCGAAGACCGAUGCUAUGUUCUCCCAUUAGCGCAGUACUGUCGAUUUUGUGCCUUGGUGAAGCGGCGUGCAGAGGGUGUGCCCCCAGGCGCUGCCAGAGUGGUCCCCUGCCCCUCAGACUUCGACCCCCCCGACCACCGCCAGGUGCCCGCCGACAUAGACCCUGAACUGGUGUACCUCUGCCGCCACGUCUACGACUUCCGCUACGGACGCAUCCUGAAGAACCUGCAGUAGGGGACAGCAGAGGACAGGCAGACUGACCAACCGUAGUGGAGCACACGCACUCCUUCACAUGGGGCUGAAGGAUGAGAGGGGGAACCCCUGAAGGGGUUUGGGGGUCCCCUGAACUGGAGGGAGGGCUGCUGAAGGAUCAAGUAUUGGAAGGGGAUCACUGAUAUCUGAAUCCCCAGAAUGGCGUUGAAGGAGUGGGUACUGAAGUACCUUACCCCCUUUUACAACUGUUACUAGGGAGGUGAAGUUUUGACCCCCUCAACUGGAACUAGAACUGUACUGGCUUGGACAGAAGGGAGAUAUUUGCUAGCUGUCCUGGUUAACCAUGUCCUGCUAUACCAGGGCUCGUCACCAUGUGCAUGGACAGCCAUGUUGGUGACCUAACAAGAGGAAGGACUGUGCUACCAGAGCCGUACAGGGCUCGUCACCAUGUGCAUGGACAGCCAUGUUGGUGACCUAACAAGAGGAAGGACUGUGCUACCAGAGCCAUACAGGGCUCAUCAUGACGUUGAUGUUAGAGCCUGAUGUGAUGACAACGUUCUUCUUCAUUUGUGUUUGUCUCUGAGGCAGCUGUGAUCGAGAGGGCACUUGCAGCUUGAACACACACACAAUGAGGUUUUGUGUGUGUGUGUGUGUGUGUGUGUGUGUGUGUGUGUGUGUGUGUGUGUGUGUGUGUGUGUGUGUGUGUGUGUGUGUGUGUGUGUGUGUGUGUGUGUGUGUGUGUGUGUGUGUGUGUUCAGUCUGUUGGCUACAGUGAAACCACAGGUGCAGGUUCACAAAGGAAGUGGAAGUCUCACCUUCCCUUCCUGCAUUGUCCGAACAGAACACAACACACUAUUCUGAAGUACCCUCAGCGCUGGCUGAGUCUCUAAUCAUACCCUAUUCCCCAUAAAGUGCAUUACUUAGCAGAUACAUGUUACUGUAUAGCAGGGUUCCCCAAUAGGCAGCCCCCCAAGUUUUCUGAACAAAAUUAUUUUAUUUAUUUAUUUUUAAAUAGUGAUUGUUGUGGGACAUAAAAAAACGGUAAAAUCAGCUCUACGUGAUUUUAAUUUAGGAAAUCUGUCCAAGUAUUCCCACUCAUAAAUGGAGAUGAUCAUAUCCCAGUGUAAUCAAGGUUUGAAAUUAUGUUUUUAUCAAAUACUAUAUCUGUUUGGGAUACUUGUGGUCAAUUUGCAGGGUGCAAAUCAUUUAUAACCAUCUACUGGCUCCCCGACCAUCCGCUUAAGAAGAAAUUGUCCCCGGCUGAAUGUAAUUGGGAACCCCUGCUGUAUCGGGCUUUGGUCAAAGACAGGGCACUAUAUGAAGAAUAGGGUCAUGUGAGAUGAAAUCUCCCCCUGAACCCCUUUUUCUGUUCCGAAGAACAGGACCGUCGUCAUGCUUUUGUCCAACGGUCCAAUGGAGAGCCCCCUUACUGUGGAGGGCUAACCUCUCUCAUGCUCUGCAUUGGCCUAUCAGAUGGAGGGUUGUUGAUGUCAGUGCCCACAUCUUUGGAGUGUUCAGAAGUCUGAAACAUUCCAGAACGUUCAAAUGGAAAUGUAAUGUAUUGCAGAGACCAUUGCUUACUAUACAUGUCUAUCUUAACUUUCUGUAAUGUUGCACUCUCCUGAACGCGACCCUGUUGUUCCCAUGACUUGCCUUAUGACUUGCAGGUAGAGCUUUAGGCAGCUAGUCCCACCCAAUUAGAAAUUGGAUGAGUAGAAUGGAAAAAGUACAAAACCACAGACAAAAUCCACAUAGAUUUCACCCCGGUCAACACUCUGUUGUUUGAGUAUAACACUGAGAAAGGCUUGGUUUCCUCAGAGAUUCCCGAGUGAUAAGCAUUUUAUUCAACAUUACAACAUGGUACAUCCAAUAUGGCUGCUGGUCCACAUGUUGUGGAUCUUUGUCCAUUCUACUCAUUCUACUUCUAUCCCCCCAUCCCUUUCCAUCCUUCGAAGCUCCGCCCUCUCCAAGAUAAACCAAAGGAUGUCACGAAGCAGAGCACCACCACUCCUCUCCUUCUCUUGUCCUCUUCCCGCCUCUCGUCUCCUCCCUCCCUUGUUAGAUUGCACUAAUCCAUUAUUGAAUUACAACGUCUAUGAUUGUGUUCUGAUUUAUGUUAAGCUACUAAUAUGUUAUAUUAUAACUGGGGACAAUACUGUGUAUUAUCACUGUCUGUGCGCUUAGUAGAGAAUGGAAACUAAGGCUGUGUUAUGGCAACUUUUAUCAAUGCAUAACUACUUUAUGUGUUUUACUAUUAGAGACAUCCGCCAGCAUACUAUCUAUGUGUUACUUCAGGGGUGAAUGACCUUACUCCUAGCGAGCUACUGGGUAUGCAGGCUUUCGCUCCAGCCCUGCUCUAACAACUGAUUAGUAAAAGCAGGUGUGUUAGUUGGAGCAGGGCUGGAGCAAAAACCUGCAUAUUCAGUAGAUCUCCAGGAGUAGUGUUGGUCACCUCUGGUUUAUAUGUUACCUGCUAUCCAACUAACCUGUCAUAUCAUCUAAUGAAAUAAUAUGUACAAUGAAAAAUCAUUCCUGUAGAUUGUGGAUCCACACUGGUAUUAUUGUUGUUCAUCCACGCUGUCCAGGGGGUUCAGGUGAGUUGGCAUCUUGGUGUAACUCGCUGUGCGGAAUGACGUAAUGUGAUGUUCCGGAGGUUUUGUUUGGAAUCUCUGAAAAAUGUCCUUUUGUCCAGGGGGUUCAGGUGAGUUGGCUUCUUGGUGUAACUCGCUGUGCGGAAUGACGUAAUGUGAUGUUCCGGAGGUUUUGUUUGGAAUCUCUGAAAAAUGUCCUUUUGAUACGCGUUAUUGAGAUGUGUUUUAACCACAAUCAUUCAACAUUGCCUUGUAAUCUUCUGCAGAAGUGUCUGUCCGUCACGUGUAGUCCUAGACAAGUGGCAGUGUCUGACUGAGUUAGUACUUCUUAAAACACUACCUUGGAUUGCUUUCUUACUGUGCAAAUGUUCUAUUGCUGGACUUUGUGCCUAAUCUGCAAAGUUUUGAAUAAUACCCAAAAGCCAUCUGAAACAUUUUCCAUUAUAACAGUUUGAAUCAUACCCCAAAAUAGCGACUAAACAAAGCUUGUAUCGGAUAAAUCAUAUAAAGGUUUAAAUUUAAAUAUUAUCAAUAGGUAUUUUGUUGCUAGUGGUGCCCAGAUUCUUUGAAAAAAAUAAUAUAUAUUCUCCUACUUUACAAUUUUUCCUUAUCGAAAAUAUUUUAUUAUGUCAAUUUCUUAAGAUGGCAUAUGCAAUAUAUUUUUCAGAGGGACUAUUUUUGACAAAUGUAUGUGUAAAUCGAGGAAGUAAAACUUUUUCAUUUUAUUUUAGCUUAGUUUUGAAUUUGAAUCACAAGUCCUAAAUUGAGAUUUGACCAAAUACCUGGAAGACGAGAAAUGAGAAGGGUUAGGUUAUGUUUUGGUUCAUUUCUGACUAUAAGGGUUGGUGCGAGAUCUGAGGUCCCUACCUAAAGGAUGUUGCUUACACUUUAUUUUACAGUCCAGUAUUCACUUGGGCCCAGAUUCACAAAACACUUCAUAAGAUUGUCAGAAGUACAAUUCCUCAACAAUAUCUUAAGAUUUAAUGAUUUUCUUACAAACUUCUCAAAUAUCUUCUUACAAAUCAUCUUAAAAUGUUUGUUGCAAGGCAACCGUUUUAACUAGCUAUCUAGCUUUUAUGCCAAUGAUGUUAGCAUAUUUCUUCCUGAGAUUACUGUUCUAAAACAUGUUUUGGGGUUUCAAAUAAUACAUUUGUGUGAAUUAAACAUGUUCAAUUGCUUUCAUGAGCUUUUUCUCUCACUGCCCUGAGUUUAAGACGAUGGUUUAGCUAUCUUGGAAUUAACAUUUCCAGGAACUUUAUUUAAGAAUCUAAUUUCUUAACUUUUUACUUAAGGAGAAACAUAAGAAAUUGCGCACAAAAAUUUCCAAGAACCUUUUUGAGGAAUAGCAACUUUGCUUAACUUUCUUCUUAAGUCUAUAGUUAAGGAUAAAAUGUCAGUUAAGAAGAAAUGUCUUCUUAAGACAGUGUUGUGAAUCUGAGCCCUGGUAUUUACUUUGAAUUUGCAUGAUUAAAUGGCAGUAAGUUACCUAAUAUUUACUUAGUAAUUACAUUUUAGUUUCUUAAGGAUUCAUUGGAAAAAGUAUAACUUGGUACCAAGUAGUUACCAACCUGAGUUGAAUUGUUUGAAAUAAUGACCAGAAGGCAGAAGGUGCCCUUUGAGAAGCGACCUACUCUGUACUCUGCUGUGGUGUUACCACUUAAUAUCCUUCUGAAUACUAUAGAAAUACCAGCUAAAAGACGACUGUAAAUAGAGUUUUAUGAAAUUAUUAAGUGUACAUAUUUGAACCCUGACUCUGUGACCCCUGACCCUCUGUAGACAGCAGUUGCACAGUGCAGUAGUAGUAUUUUUUUUGCAAGACCUGUAGCUGAUGAUUAUAUUUAAAAAUGAAUACAUAAAUAUUUAAAUGGAGUAAACCAAUACAAUAUAUAAAGAUUUCAAUUUAACUUAUUUGGAUAAUGUGUUUUAAUUGAAAAAAGUCCUCUUGCCAAGACUUUCGUGGUCAAUAAUGAAAAACAAUUGGUUUCUUGUUAUUAGUAAUUUAUUAGUUUGGAUAUUAAAUGAUUGAAUGGAGAUUCACAGAGGUUGUAGUAGUUUGUACUUAUAUAGCUGGCGGUGUAGAAGGUUGUUUCUGUAACGAGGCUAUAUUACUGCCCAGCCAGACAAUGGCCAGGCCCGGUUGGCUGCAGCAGAAACAGACUGGCACCAGAGCUGGUUUCUAUCUAGAGGUGCCACUUGGCAUCAAGGGUAAAGAAGACCAAAGCACAUUCUGACACAAAGUUAGGGGAGGUAGACGUUACACUUUAACCACUGAUCCAGGAUCAGAUAUGUCCUCAUCCCCCUGUUUGUUAAGGUUAGAAUUGUGGUUGGAGGGUGAAUCUAAGCUGAUCCUAGAUCUGUGGUUUAGGGAGUGAAGUGUCUACAUGUCUGACCUUAGGGUUUGACGUCUGGGAGGUUGCCAUGGUAAUGGGUGUCACCUGAGCCCUCCCCUCAUCGAUCUAUCCAAUUAGAGGACAGAGUCACUCUACACCUGAGACGGCCUGGCUAUAGGACGAUAAACUUUAUCUUUCUGCGGUGUUCUGUCUAGUGGGGUUUUGCUGCUGAUAUUUUUUGUGACGUGGUAAAUUGUCAUUUUGGAUUUUGACUUAGUCAUAUUGUUUCAUGGGUAGAUUCACAUGAGAGAGUUGAAGAUACACUCUUGACCUGAUCAGCUGUUCUGCACCAUCAGCACACAGACAGACCCACCAUGGCUUUACUCCCAGACAUGUAUUUACAGCAUUGAGCCCGUAGAGGGCACUACAUGAACGGAAAUUGGGUGUCCCACAGACAACUUUAGAAUAGAACACCCUGGGUAUGUCCCAAAGCUCUUUUAACAUUUACUUUCCUCAUCUCCUUUAAUUUAUGUCACUGAGGAGGGGGGAAUGAUAUAUUAUAGGUGUUGAGUGAUAUUUAACUGUCAAACAUUUAAAGUCCUAUGGCAAGAGAAGUGAGGAAAGGAGAUGGUAUACUAUGUUUGGGCUAUUGGGACAUGGUCAUGAUAGGUCAUGUGUACCUAUGGUUUCCAUGGUAACAUGGGUCAAAUGUUCCUGACCUCUGAUCUCCACCAUUCCACUUCUCACUUACCCAGGAGGUGUUUUUAUCUCUGCACCAAUCGAAACUAAUCACCCGACCAAUGCCUGAAACUCUGCUUUUUGUGGUCUUCUGUAUUACUGCUAAGUGUCAGCAUAUAUUUUGAUAUAUUUAACAAUGAGGGAUCUAAAAGUCUAGAUAUUUUUGGAGUAGAUAAAGGAUGUGUGUAUCAGAUAACUAUCACUUUGUCAGGCUCUCUGAAAAUCUCUUGGGUUUUUGGUAAGAAUUCUAGAAUCCCUGCUGAUUUAAUGUUCCAUUGAAAGACUAUUUAUAAAGUUUAAGUCCUUUGUGAAAAAAAA